UUUGAACUUUCUCCCUCUUCUUGUCUUUUGUUUGUCAUUGAGUACGUACAUUGAUGAACUAACAAACAUGUAUUUCCAGACUGUGAUUGUCCCCGGAGUCCUGAGUUUUCAAUUCAGAAAAGCUCAUAAUUGUUAUCUUUAAUUAGUUAGUGGAGGAGGCAGAGGCAAUGACUGGUCUAUUUGAGCAGGACCCACAAGAGGAUUAACAUUUAAAAUACUUGGAAUGUGAGCGGAAGUGAAAGAAAUUUUUUGUCUGAACAAAUACAUCCUCAAAUUCAUUAUCUGUCAGAGAGAAGAGACAGAGGAACAAACAUGGGAUUUGUUUGUUUGUUCUGAAUGAAAGACAAGUUUCUGUAAUGAUAGGAAGAUAAUUUGGUGUAAUAUGGAGGAAAAACCAAGUGGGUUUUCUCAAUGGGGGGCUUUUCUCAGGCCUUCUAGGCGUUCUAGUUACAUCAAAUCCAGGCAGAUCAGUUCAGGAGGAGAUGAAGAAGCAAAAGCCCAGAGUAGUGAUGGAAGUACAGAGAAAGAGAAAUCAAAAGCUCAGAUUGAAAUGCUGCUUUCAAAGGCAGGGCGGCGCAUUGCGUCUGCUGUGAAAGGGCUUGUGAAGCGUGUGGAAAACAGUAGGGGAGUAGAAAGUAUUAAGGAUUUUCUCUUGGGGGGCUACCAUAGACUUUCUAAGCCUUCUUCCUUUCAUUUAUUCUCUUGCAUGGAGAAUCCCAAGAAAGGUUUCAGACAUUGUGACCCCAAUUUCUGUAAUGACAGUGAUGGGUUUUAUGCCUGGAGCACAGAUCAAGAAGAAGACAUGAAAAUGUCUGCAAAUUGCACACCCAAAAAGGAUCUUGCCCAGAAUUUUCAACUGUCAGGCAAUAUACAGGGGAAUUGCAACUUUCUUAAAGUGAAAUCUGAUCAUGAGGACAGAAGAAACAAGUUGAAAAAGGUUGCAGAGGAGAAAGAAAAAUGUUCUGCCAGAUUGAGAGCAGAGGCGUAUAAGAAGAUGGAGAAAAAGCUCAAGGAAAUUGUGGUUUUGGACAACAACAGUGUGGAAGAUGUGUUGGACAUUGAGGAAUUCCUGCAUUGUUAUUCCAGACUCACUUGCCCCUUCUACAUCGACAUGGUUAACCGGUUUUUUCUUGACAUUUCUAGUGAUUUUGAUUGAUUGUAAUAUGGGUCUAUGAAAUACAUGUAAUGCAUUCAGAAUUUGCUCUCAAGUUUGAUCAGAUUAGCUUUGGUGGACAAUUGUACAGGUGAUAUUGUGUUCAAAUUGUCUGAGUUUUAUCAAAGUUAGUUCUAAUAAAUGACAUUGUAUGGACUCAAA